GCCGGAACAUCAGCGAAGAUCGCUGAAGCAGCCGCUGCAGCAUCUCAGGCCAUUCAUGCAGUAAAGAAAGACUUGGUAGAUGUUGUGCAAGAAGCUGUUGAUCAUGCGAAAGUUUUGGAAAAAGAGAAAGCUGAAGCUGCCGAGGGAACUGUUGAUCCCAAAGAUCUUCCAUCAAUCGAACAAAUCCUCGUUGGCGGGCUAAUAGAUGAAGCGAAGAAUGAGAUCUUAGAACUAAAAGAAAAAGCUAUCGAGCAUUUGCUAAACAAGUGUGUCCAAAAUUUGAUCGAUGCUUUAACGAAGCUGCAAGCCAAACCAGCUGAAGCUGGAGAGUCUGAUAAGGAUGCAGAAGCUAGACGUGCACGUAUUGAACAACUUCUCAAAAGUAUUGAUCAAGAUGCAGAUGAUAUAAUCAAUGCCGAUCUUGUGCUAGAG